GACAUACUCCUAAUCCACGUUAAUCCCAUUUGACAGUAAACACGGAAGGUCUGCUUUGAAAGAUUGUUCAAAUAUUAGUCAUGUUGAACACACACAGUUUUAGACAAAAAUUAAUUUGUCGCACUCCCUCGUAGCUGCUAUUUUAUGUCAUCUCUACCCAAACAUUGUAAAGGAGAAAAUACUGCAGUGGGUGCAAAUGGGAUGGUGUUAGUAGAAUCUUAAAAAACAUUAGAUCUUGCGGCUGAUUUUCAAAAUAUUAAAAUGUAACGCAAAAAGAUUCUGAACCAAGUGAAGGAGCAUGAAGUUGCCAACACAAACACUUCUCAAAACAGUUCUACCCUAUCACGUGGUUGUCUCAUUAAUCAAUCUCUCGCUGACUCGAUAAUUCCUAAUAUUUUCGUAAUAAGUCCUCGAAAUACCUUCCCAACAUGGUUCUACAAACAGAACGAAGUUUUAAUUCUUUAACCCAUACUGUAAUAAGAUAUAAGUUUCUUUUACAAUAAACAAUAAAAAUCUCAUUUCCCAUAUGCUUUGCAGCCGAAACAUAGCUAGCAUAUUAGACUUUGGAAGGAGUUUCUUUCUGCACGCGAGGCCGCUUCAAAAGGUUUACAAAGUUUAAUUACCAUUACAAGUAACAACUCGACAAUCUUUUUUCCUGUUGGAUCGACUUUGUUUUGAAUUUUGAAGUGUACUGAGUGAAAGUGUUCAACAAGCGUCUGCUUUGAUUGGAUACCACUAUGAAGAAUUUGUGUAUACUUUUAUUUUUGGUUGUUUCGUGUUUGAUGGUGAUUCAUGGAACACGAAAAACUGGUCGGUGUUGGAUUGCGAAGAGGUCAUCAGGAUAUUCUGUCGUUUGCGAUUCAUCACGUUUUCCAAGAUCGAAAGUCUCGGAAAAGAAGACACCAGUCAAACCAGCCAAAGAACGCACACGCCGCCGCAAGAUUCGUCUAACAAUUCAAUGCCAAGAACAGGCAACUCCAUGGACGAGUGAAUCUAACAUCUUAACAGCCCUCUCAACAUUAUUUACAAUCAAGUGUCCAGAAGCAACAUUUUUACGUGAAACUGCCGUGAAACGAAAUGAAACGCAACUACGUAUGCAGUAUAAAUGCUGUUCUCUGAAGUAAAGAUGUUUUUUUGGUUUAAAA